UGUUGGUGCCGCUGUCAAAACCCUGUCACCCUCGUUUGAGUUACUACACUCGCUUUGGGAUUUAGAUCACUCAACAACAGCAGCAGCAGCAGCAGCAGCAGCAACCAUGCCGAGGCGAUCCGCGGAGGAGUGGAUCCGCUUAUCCUUGCGCACGCCGGGCAUCCUGAUCUUCGGGAUGGUCCUGUCCCCCUGCGGCUGGAUCCUGGACCUGACGGCCACCGUGGCCCCCAACUGGAGGACCCUCAACAACAUCCCCAACACGCCGUCCACCGAGUACAUCGAGCAGGGCAUCUGGGACAUCUGCAGGACCACCACGUCCUCCGAGCGGAAGGAGUGCAACCUGCAGGACACCACGUACUUCAACCACGAGAUCAUCGAGAUCGCCCAGGGCCUGAUGGUCGCCUCGCUCAUCGUGACCCUGAUCGGGCUGGCCGUGGCCAUCCCGGGGGUCCGCUGCUGGAGAGACCGUCCCAACUGGCUGCUGGCCGGCCUGGGCGGCCUGCUCAUCUUCCUCUCGGGCGUCAUGACCAUCAUACCCAUCGCCUGGUACACGCACAUCCUCAACGACAUCGCGUCGGUGUCGCCCACCAUAGACGUGCGCGUCGGCUACUGCAUCAUCCUGGGCUACAUCGGCGGGAUAUUCGAAAUCCUGGCCGGCUUCGUCAUGUUCAUCGGCAUCUGCCGCUGCUGCGGCGGGAAGAACCGAGGCGAGCGGCGCGUGGACGAGGUCAUGGGCCCGCGCUUUGCGCAGAAACCGCCGCCGAGGCCCAUCGACGUGCCGAGGCUGGACCGGCCCAGGAGCAUCGCCAGCAGCGUCCCGUACUCCAGGGACUCCAUGGACGACGACGUGUCCUUCCCCAGGGCCAAGAGCCCCGCGGUCCCGUCCGCCAACACCUCCUACGGCGGCAGACCCUAUGAUGCCGACCUCUGAGGACCACAUCUGGACACGAGCGAGGGGAGGAAAAAAAAUAAUGGAAUGAUGGACAUGUCUACUGACACAAGCAACUGAGGGUGGAAGAAGUCAUGGUAAUAGCACAAUGACUGUAUGGGCAGUCACCAGCCUAUAUCUAAUCUAAUCAUCUACUAUCCAGUAGUAUUGCAAUAACAAAUACCUUGAAGUACUUUGAAGUCACCAUAAAUGAAUAUUUUAGUGGUAUCAAGAGAUCAAAUACUUAUAAUAAUGAAAUAGCUGUAAACUACAGGCGAAGCAGAAUUGAUGUAUUGCAGUGUUUCGGCAGUGUGUAUGGGUCGGUAACACGGGAAGGCGUCAAAUCUAUAAGAAAUAAUCAAAUGUUGAAUGUUUUAAGUGAGGGGUCACGGGGUCGUGGCAAUGGGAUGGCGCUCAUUAUGGGCCUUAUGAUGUUUUAAUAUCAUCAAAAAUCAUCAUCAGAGGCGCGAGCCUCAGGCCGUGCAGCAUAAGGCCCGUCGUCGUGAAAGAUGUGACGACUACUGCAGGGGGACGAGAAAACGUGAGGGAUUUCUGUUUACUAAACCCUAGCCGACCUGUGGAAGCAGACGUUUGUCUGUUUACACUGUGCAAAUGAUGCUGAACUCCAUUUGUAAAUAGUCAUUUUUCUCUAAGGGAAAGUUAUCUUCUUUAUCCUCCCGCGUUCAUUGGCUAAUGCAUCUUCUAUUUUUUUUUUUUCUUUAUGUAAAUACUGUUUUCUUAUGCACUUUACAAUCGUGGCCAAUUUGUGGAGAAGCAUCGUGAACUGAUCAAUGUUGUUCCCCGUGGCUCUGUGAUCACAGGGAGCUGUUCAUUAAAUGUUUUUUCGGAAUGACA